GGGCGGCGCUGCGGUCGCUCCGCCUCUCCCUGGCGGCGCGGCGGGCAGGCUCCGGCCGCGGCCCCGCAGCUCCCCCGCCCCGGCCUCGGCUCGCAGCCGCCGCGAUGUCGGGCGGCGCGGCGGGCGCUCCCAAGCCCCUGCCGUCCUCCGGGCCCAAGUCGCUGCGGGAGAUGCCGCAUCCCCUCGCCACGUCCAGCAGCGAGGAGAUGGGGCCGGCGCUCACCCCCAGCCCCGACCUGCUCCUGCCCCGCGGCGUCGCCGACAAGGAUCUCAGUCUACCCAAUGGCACACCUGUGGACACUUCGAGCCCAGCUUCCUCCUCAUCUCUCCUCAACAGACUGCAAUUGGAUGAUGACUUGGAUGGGGAAACUAGAGACCUCUUUGUUACUGUUGAUGAUCCCAAAAAACAUGUGUGCACAAUGGAGACGUAUAUCACAUACAGGGUUACAACAAAGACCACACGAGCAGAGUUUGAUUUGCCAGAGUAUUCUGUCCGCCGACGGUACCAAGACUUCGACUGGCUGAGAAACAAGCUGGAAGAGUCUCAACCAACACAUCUCAUUCCCCCUCUUCCUGAGAAAUUUGUGGUGAAGGGUGUUGUCGAUCGCUUUUCUGAAGAGUUCGUGGAGACAAGGAGGAAAGCAUUAGACAAAUUCUUGAAGAGAAUAACUGAUCACCCAGUGCUUUCUUUUAAUGAGCACUUCAACGUGUUUCUCACAGCUAAGGAUCUUAAUGCCUACAAAAAGCAAGGGAUGGCAUUGCUGUCAAAGGUGGGGGAGUCUGUCAAAUAUGUCACAGGAGGCUACAAAUUAAGAAGUCGGCCACUGGAGUUUGCAGCCAUUGGGGAAUAUCUAGACACAUUCUCUCUAAAGCUUGGUACCAUUGACAGAAUAGCACAACGGAUUAUCAAGGAACAGUUGGAAUACUUGGUGGAACUACGAGAAUAUGGACCUGUUUAUUCAACAUGGGGUGGGCUGGAGGUUGAGCUAUCGGAGCCACUGGAAGGGGUGUCUGCCUGUAUUGGGAACUGCUGCACAGCUCUUGAAGAACUCAGUGAAGACAUGACAGAAGACUUCCUGCCUGUGCUUAGGGAAUAUAUAUUGUACUCGGAGUCAAUGAAGAAUGUGUUGAAAAAGAGAGACCAAGUUCAAGCAGAGUAUGAAGCAAAACUGGAAGCAGUAGCCUUGAAAAAAGAAGACCGUCCAAAGGUACCCACGGAUGUUGAGAAAUGUCAAGACCGUGUAGAGUGUUUCAAUGCUGACCUGAAAGCAGACAUGGAGAGAUGGCAGAACAACAAAAGACAAGACUUUAGGCAGCUGCUCAUGGGGAUGGCAGAUAAAAACAUCCAGUACUACGAGAAGAGUUUUCUGCUUACCUGGUUGGAGUCUCCUGUGGACUUCUCCCUCUGAUGGAAAGACGACACACAACAUCCUUGACACACAUGUUUUGCUGAGUUGGCUUCAUUUUUCUUUUGCUUGAGGAAUUUAGGUGAUUAUUAGUGCUGACAGCUAACUCUAUAUCAUACCACUAACUGUCACCACGGAAGCAGAAAAAAAAGCUUUUAACAAUACCUGAUGUCUGCCUGAUCAGCUGGACCAUGGAAAAAAUCCUGCUGUAGUUUUUAGAUAAGUCUUAGAGAAUCCUGGUGCGGAAUGAUAUAGUUUGUGUGUGAACAUCCUCCUUUUCUUUAGUAUUCAUGUCUUUUUUAAAACAUUGUCAGCAUUUAUGUGUUUGGCAGACAAGCACUGCAAAAUUUAAGAGUGUGCAGGCAGCAAUGGAAUUGAGAAAUGGGAUUAAACUAUCCUAUACAGCCUAAGCAAUCCUUAGGCUGUGCUGAAUAAAGCAAAAGCAGGCUAUUUGGAAAAUGAAAUAACCAUGCAUUCGAAAUUUUUAAUAGUCAUGUUUCUGCUAAACAUGACUUUUAAAAAUUUUUACUGCUGUGAAGUACAGUCAAUAAUCUGUAAAACUCAGCUGAAAACCAAAAAGCUGCCCACCCUUCUUAAGUGCUCUCCAAAGCCACUUAGAAAUAAUUUUGAUUAUCUCCUUCACAUCUUCAUUUUUUAUGUAGGUACAGAAACUUUUAUGGCAAUGGUAAAUGGGUACUGAAAAUUCUACAGACACAUUUAAAUAACAAUAACUUUGAGAAACGGCACUAAAGCUGAGUAAAAGGUCUGUAGAAGGAGCAUGUAGGUAAAUUCGACCUGGAUUUACGAGAUUGGAGAGGAACUGUAUGUUAAGUGUGGAUGUGAAUUAGAGGAAGACUGUAUAUUUUCAUCAAUGAUAUAGACAGUGAGAUCGAGUGCACAGUCAGCAAGUUCGCAGAUGACAUCAAGCUUAGUGGUGUCGCACCAGAAGGACGGGGUGUCAUCCAGAGGGACCUGGACAAGCUGGAGAAGUGGGCUUGUGUGAACCUCAUGAGGUUCAACAAGGCCAAGUGCAAGGUCCUCCACCUGGGUCGGGGCAAUCUGUGGUUCUAACAUAGGCUGGUGGGUGACGUGAUUGGGAGCAGCCUUAUGUGAAGGAGUUGGGGUGCUGGUUGAUGAGAGGCUUGACAUGAGCCAGCAAUGCACACUUGCAGCCCAGGUGGCCAAGCAUAUCUUAGGCUGUAUCAAAAGAAGUGUGAAUAGCAGUUUGAGGGAGGAGAUUCUUCCCCUCUACUCUGCUUUCAUGAGAUCCCACCUGUCAGCCUGGAGAAGAGAAGGCUCUGAGGAGACCUUAUAACUCCCUUCCAGAACCUGAAAGGGAGCCUACAAGAAAGCCGGGGAGGGACUUUUUACAAAAGCAUGUAGUAAUAGGAUGAGGGGCGAUGGCUACAAAUUGGAACGAAAAGAUUUAUAGACUAGACAUUCGGAAGACGUUCUUCACGAUGGGGGUGGCGAGGCACUGGUACAGGUUGCCCAGGGAAGUUGUGGCUGCCCCAUCCCUGGAGGUGUUCAAGUCCAGGUUGGAUGAGGCCAUGGACAGCCUGAUCUAGUGGAAGGUGUUCCUGCCCAUGGCAGGGGAUUGGAACCGAAUGAUCUUUAAGGUCCCUUUCAACCCAAACCAUUCUGUGAUUGUAUACAUAGAGCAUAUCGGAAAGGUUAAUGUGGCAGAAUAAAGGAGUAUAAAGAAAUAGACCCAUCCUGAUGGAGUGAGGCAGUAAACAACGAAAAGAAGAGCAAAGAAAAGAGGAGCACUAAUUUUUCUGGGCUGGUAGGACCUUUGCUAGAUAACUCAGGCCUAGCCUAGCCUGAGUUAUCUAGGUACAGUUAGAGAGAAUGUGUAUCUCUCCUAAGCCUGUGGCUCCAUGGAGGGAAGCAUCACCACAUCUGUAACACAACACCAGCCAGCAGAGGACAUCAGGACAGUGGAGAGAAAUGGGACGAAUCCACCCCAUUUUCCAGUGUGAGAGGUGGAAACAAAACCAUCAUAACUACUUAAAGAUGCAGUCUCUGCCAUGUACUGACAUUGUGUAAGCCGUAUUGCUUUUUGAGGAGAUGAGGGAAGGAAAAAUAUUUCUUUAAAUCUUAGUUCUUUUGGAGAUACCCUUUUCUGGUAAUCCGGCUGUCGUUACCUAACAGAUCUCACUUUAACCUUCUGUGUGACUAAAUGUAUGUUUUGAAGGCAGGUAAAUCAAGCACUGAAGCCAUAACCUGCAGUAAGCCCUCUGUGAUAUCCACCGUGGGCAUUUGGAGCCAGCAAAGGGUAACUCACUCCUCAGAGCCUUUCUCUGUUUGCUCUGCUGGACUAGGUCCUGAACACAGAAAUUAGCAAGAAAGAUUAACUAUGGUUUUAGUCACUUGGAUGUUAAGACUUUCCAGGCUAUUUUGUACACAAUAUCCUGUCAAACACGUUUAUGGUUUUUGUUUUAAAAUCACAAGAAACUGCAAACACAACCCAAAAUCUGCAGCACCCUGGUGAUAUUUAUGAGCCUUACCACUCUCUUUCUCCACGUGGCAGUUCUUUCAGUAGGGGCUGUUUACUGAACCUCUGCAGCUCAGAAAUAAAACCAUAAGAAACUCAAUAAGAAGUUCUCAAAACUUUUCUUUGAUUACAGGGCACCAUCUGCCCAGGGCCAGGCAGGUCCUCUAUGGAGGACUUGAAAGCCCCUCAGAGCAGCUAGUGGUGGCAGCUGGCAAGGUGGUUUCGGGGUACAAGGUUGCAUGUCAAUGUGUAGCACUGUCACUGCAAAUACUCCCUAGGGCUGCUUGAGGCCUUCCAGGCAACCUGCCACCACAAGGCUCUGCAGAGGAGGGGUAACCCUGUUUUUUAACGUCUCAGCCACACCUGGUUAAUUAUCCAGCUCGCAGCCUGAAGGUGGGGCACUUGUUUUGGACUCAUAGGGUGGAGAGAUCCCUGGGACAGCAGAAAAGAGCUGCCAGCAUUCUCCAAGACGGUGGCUAAGAGAAUACAGGUGAACUGUGUCUGUACCCACUGUGCUGCAUGGCACCAAUAGUGUAACCUUCGGAAGAGUAAGCAACGGUGUCCCUGGGUGGGCAAAUUGCAGUACUGGUGCAGGAGAAGCCCUCCCUAGAAAGCAGCAAGUGCUGCUGAGGCUCUGCAAACCCAUGCAGGGGUGUCAUCUCCAGCUCACACAUAGGGAAGAUGCAUCUAGUGUUUCCCAAGCCCACAGCUCUGCGUCAGCCAAGGUGCUCAAGGAGGAAGCUUCAGGCUCAGGAGAAAGCUCAUAUAGAUAGGGCAAUGCAAGCCUGUUUGCAUGCUGCUCAGGAGAAUUUUAGCUAGCAAUCUUCUAGACAGCUAGGGAAUGAACAGCUUUGGCAGGUUUUGUGUAUCCGUAGGACUCAAGUAUGUGUACAAAAAUACAUUAAUGGGACUAAAAUAAUGCACCUCUUCAUCUUUCUCUGAAGGGUCCUAUUAUAUGUGCCGGAAAUUUUGGAGUUGAAGAGGGGUAUUGGGUAAAAGGUACCAGGGAAACAAGAAAGGCUAAGCAGCUUGCCAGAAAUAUUGUUGCUGCCAACUAUUUUCCAGGCUGUUGUUCUUCAACAUUUAACAAGCAUGAAUAAAUAUAUAUAUGAUGGUAAAUUUUGAGCUGUGUGGCAAGACAGCUGCUGUAACUGGUGUUUGCUAUUCCCUUGCCCCUUCAUUUCAGCAGUCUGAUGUAUUCAAAGCUUUGCUGAAUUAAGACUUCAUUUUUAUUCCUCAAUACAUAGUUGCUUGAUUGCCCACACUGGUUGAGAGCUGCACUCCUUGCCAUUACAAAGUUCCUCUGAAUUGCUUCAUUCCUCCUACUAACUGCACACAGGCAGUGGGGAGACAUCUCCCAAAUGCUUUACCCACUUCAGCGUGACUUUGCAUGUGUCAGCCAUCAGUUAAGUGACUGUGAUACUCCUGAAAGGAGGAUUGCCAGCUUCAGUCAUCUCCUGAAUGAUGGCUAACCUCUGAUGAGCUUCCCAGUUGCUGCAGUACCAGAGACACUCUCAUUUGCUGAAACUUCAAGAGUUCAACAAUGUGCUCCACCUCAAACAAGCACAGUUUGCCUUCUCUGCAGCACUCCAUGGCUGGAGCUUGGCUCGGUUGUUUUUUCUUAGACAGAGCAUUAAAUAAAAGCUAUAAUCAUGUCCUUUUUCACAUAAGUAAUGCAACAAAGAGAAGAUUUUUAUUUCACCUGACUCUGCCCCAACACCCUUUCAAGUCAACCCCACCAACAUACCUGCAUAAUUUUAUAGUGCAUUAACAGAAGCCCAAUCCAUGGGCUUCUAGAUGACUUCAGUGUCGUGUAUCCCUCAAAGAACAAUUUUCUGGAGUGUUUUGGUACAGUUGGAUCCGGUCCACUUAAGGUUUGCCUCAUGGACCUCAGAAAUUUAAAGCCAGUUAAAUACUUGAGAAGAGGAAACAAACCUGCGAGGGAAUUUGACUGCAGGCUGAUGGGGCCUUACAGUGGUGUUCAGUCAGGGACCUGUGGUUGGAGAUUUGGUCUGUUGGAGUGUCUUCUCUGUCCUAUGAGGCUCAGCGGAAACCGGGUGAGAUACCCAUGGUCCUGGGAGACAUUCUGUCUUGUUGACUGAAUGUUUUGGGGUCAGAUAGCAUUAUAAAGAAGCCAGGAGGGACCAGCAGAGAGCAAGGCGAUGGUAGGGGGCAGGAAAGGGUAAUACUGUGGAAUCUGGCUCCACCCUGGGCCAGUGCUGUACCCCAAAGCCAUGCUUCUAGAAGCAAACAAGAUUUACCAGGUAAUAAGCAAGUGCCCUACUUCAGCACCUUCCUUCUUUCCCUCAUCUAAGUAGGGCUGAGUACUUUCUGCCUCCUCUGUGCAAUGCAGGAGUGACAAAGCUGCCCAGCAAGUUAAUUCCCAUUGUAUAUCAGGAAACUCCACCUUUCUCCAUGCAGAUGAUGCUUUGCAAAGAUCUAAGCUCUUCCCUCCUUUCUAAUGACUGGUUAUUUGCUUGCAGCACUUAUGGGUCCUUGCAUGAGUGCUGUGAAGUGCUACUUCAACGGUGUUAUGUCAUUAUCUAUGUGUUUGUGCUAAGCAUUUUCCUUGCUUCUUGUGUUUCUGAUAAAGCAUGAGGACUUGAUGGUCAUUUAAAAGCAAGACCAAGAGAGUUCAGUUUUCCCACAUGCCACAAAAGGAAGAAGUGUUUGUUGGGGCCGUUUGUACAUAAGCAUCCUGCCUCACUGAGCCACAACCUCUUGCCAUCAGAGACACCCUGGCAGGGCAUUACUCUGGUCAGUCUGCUGCAUUCUAACAUGCAACCCUGCUGUCUUUUUGGAGCUGUUUCCAGCUUCCUACUCUCCUCACCUGCCCUGCAUGCGCCUUCCCAGUCAGCAACAACCCCCACAGCAAGAGCUCUAUACAGCACAGACCCCUGUGAGGUGUUUUGUAUACUCAGACACAGCCCUGCAACCGGGCUGCCUGGCAAUACUGUUUGAAAUUUCUCCCAAGAACUGUCUAGGAGGUCUGGUGCACUCCAGCAGCUCUGUGCAAGUACACAUGCCCAGGACACUGGGCAUGCAUGCUAAGAACAGAAGCAUUCUGGAAUCUCCAUCCCAACUAUCUCGCCCUGGAAAGCUCAUGAGAUGUAGGAGUCUCUCUUCCUGAUCCUGUGAGAGGCCUUGCUGUGUUAAUAACACGUGUCAUGGCAGUGAGUUUGGCACUGAUAGGCCACUGAAACUGAUGCCAAAGCAUCAGUGAGCACAUUUGUUACUGGUAUCAACUGUUCCCAGAAUCUGGCUUUCAGGGGACAUCCUUGGAAAUUUAAGUCUUCCCAUGGUCAGUGCAAUCCGCCCUGCAGAUGUCACUGCUGCUGCACAAAUCCCCACCAUGCGAUCCUCCCCGUGCAAUUUGCAGUAAUGGACAGUGUGACAAAAGGGCUUUGCACACUUUUCCUUCCUUCAUUGAUUUUUCUAGCUGUAGAAAUUGGAAACUCUAGAUUGGAACAAGGCUCAAAACAUUUACAGCUCCUGGUGGCACACUGCCCUGAAUUCACUGCAGAGAGGACGCGUGCCUGGACUGAGCAGAAGCUCUCACACUGAUAACACAUUUAGUGCUUCCUGUAAAAGCUUUCUUCAUGGAGGCCCCAUUGAUAAAGCAGUGGGUUAGGCUGCUGAUGAACCAGGGCUCAGUCAGAGCUACCAGCAGACGCUGAGAUCUGGAUGGCAUUUUUUUUUUUCCUGUUGUUGUCUGUGGUUUUUGUUUAUUUGUUUUUAAAUUUGUUGUUCCCUCCUUGUGCUAUCACUGAUGUGACAGGAUUGCCCCUGCCAUUUGGUCUUGCACCACACAAAACACAGGGAUGCUCUUCAGUCUUUAUCCUGGGAAGGAGUGCAUCUACACGCUGCUAAUAGACCCCUGGACUCUUGAUACUACUCAAUGCAAUAACUAGAAUAUAAUUGAAAGUCAUCUUUAGUCCAAGCGUCCAGGCUGAUAUUUGCAGCUCUGGUCCUGCCUAGCCUUGUCCACCCCAUCACAGUUUGUGGUGCUGUGACUUGGCUCCUUAUGCUACAGACCCCAUUUGUGGGUUUUAUUUAUAAAGCUCAUUCCCACUCAUAACUGAAAACACAGUACCAAAUAACACUGGUAUUUUAUUUAUUUAAGACUACUUAAACUACUUAAAAGACAAAAUGGCCUUUUAAAGCAGUUUAAUCAGACUGAGAAAGAAGAUCCUUCGUUUCUCCAUUUGCUCUCCCAUUGUGGUGAGGCCUCUUAAAGCCACCUACAACUAUUAAAGGCAUAAUAUCCUCACCUUAUAUGGGACUAUACCAGAAAUGACGGAUGACUCUUUCAUAGUCCUUACCUAUUUAUAUGGGAUAAGUACUGGGAAAAAUUUUAUAGGAUAAUCAGUGGGAUAAGUAUAUGGGAUAAACUAGCUCUUUUAUAGCCCUUCACCUACAGGACUAUGCUAGAAAUGACAUCUAGUGGGAGGUGUCUCUGCCCAUAACACAGAGGUUGGAACUGGAUUAUCUUUAAGGUCCCUUUCAACCCAAACAAUUCUAUGAUUCUUUUAUAAUCCUUAACUACUUUGUAAAAAUAUUCUAAACCUUGAUGCAUGCCAUCUUGGCUACACAAUGGGGUGACAAAGAUUUUAGAUGUCCUAAAUGUGUGUUAUUAAACAGCUACCAACUGAUAACAGCAGAAUGCGUUGCAAAAAUUCCUGAGCUGCUCCUGCCCAGUAGCUGCGUUAGUUUUGCAAUGUCUAAAUGCUACCCUGCAAAUGUUCAAUUUCUGCUUUUAAUUUUCCUAGAACCCAAAGGAGAGGUCUAGAGGAGUUCCCUUUCCCAUUGUCUGCCAUCUCUCAUUGUGUGCUAUCCCUCUUAGCACAGAGCAAGGAAAGGCAGAAGACAGCCAGCCUCUUCUGUGUUUAAAAAGAAAACCACCUCUUUUUCUUCCUAGACCAGAAUUAUCAGGCUUGUUUUCUAACUCAUUUUCUGACUUCCAUCAGUUAUUUACUAACUGGAAAGGAAAUCCAUAUCUGACUUCUCUGUUGGCAUUUUUGAUGUUAUGUGCAGAAGGCAGAGGCAGGCUCACAUUACGGAAAGCACAGGCUGAACUACUGUGCUCGGCCCUAGCCAACUCCCACCAAAAUCAUCAGUGUCCUCCACUUCAUCCUGUGGGCUGUGGAGCAGGGUAAUAAUAAAACACCUGACUAUUCCCGGCACAGGGAGGAGCAGAAGCUGGCAUGAACUUGCCUGGUCCCCAACAGGUCCCUGUGGCCAGUCUUCAGCUGGUAUGUCCUGCGUGCCCUGGCACCUUCCAGCUCUCACAGGCAAAUGUGAUGGCAGUUUUUUAGCAGGCAUGAAGGACAGGGUCUCUCCUGUCCAGUUGACCAUGAAAGAGGGGCAAAGGGCUGUGGCAGUGGGCAAGUGGCUGGUUUCUGCAGCUGUGCGUGUGAGAGAUGGAUGACUGGCUGAAAUGACAUGCUUUGCUGUGCAGGAAAGCCGAGGUCCUGCAGGUGUGAAGGAAGCAAGGUGAGAAAUCUUGUGCAAUUCAUCACAAAGCAGAUUUGGCCUCAGCAACCCUCCCCAAGCAUGUUAAUGCAAAAGAAAUACUCAGGGAUGCUCUUGUAUCUGCAGCUGACACCAGUGCAUGGAGAAAAAGAGGUGCCUC